AUGUCCAUCAAACUCGCUCCAGCAACGCCGCCACGAAAUAUUCUCGCCGUGGUGACGGUUGGAAGAUGGAGCCAUGCGUUUCCGAUGCUGGAGGUCUGCCGGGUGCUCCAUUCUCGAGGACAUGAGAUCCGUCUGGCCUGUUGCGAUGGGUCACAACAGAUCAUGGUCGAGAAAUAUCCCUUCAUCUCUCAGGUUCAUGCCAUUGCACGCUGCAUCACGCCGGAAGAAGACGAGCUCUACCACCGUCUCCUCGAGGACAGCGACAUCACAGACCGCACCGGUCGAGCGGACAUGAUCAGGGUUCUGCAAUUCAUGGAAGGCUUUUGGGUCGACACCCACCCGUCACUCGACAGCGUAGUUCGACAGCGGCGGCCCGAUCUCAUCUUCGCCGAUGUCCUGGACCUCCAAGCAUGCCAAGACGUUGCGGACAAGUACUUGGUCCCUUUGGCGUCUAUGCAUCCUCAAGUUCCCUUCAAUCUGGAAUCUCCAAGCUAUAUGCCCGGCAUUCCUGGAUUUCAACAAAGAUGUCUCACCAGCGAGCACGCCUCGAUAUGGGACCGAAUCUACGAGCAAGUCUUCGCGAUCACGAUGCUCUUUUCCCUUCGGCAUCACAUCCUUUGGCGCCGACGGAUGCGUCGACAAGCAGGAGUCCCCGCGGCAGGUCUCGUCCGGAAACCGAGCCAUUUGUACUUGAUCAACGCCUUUUUUGGCUUGGAUAUUCCUCGGAAAUUGCCGCCGUUGGUCACCCUGGUCGGACCGAUCCUCUACGAAGACUAUCCUCCGUUGGAUGCAGAGACUCUCAGGUUUCUCAAUUCGCACCAGAAGACGGUCUACGUCGCAUUCGGCACCCAUGUGAGCAUGGGUGGUGAGCGGUUUACCAAGAUUCUCCGAGGCGUUCAGGCCGCCUUGGAGUCCAGACAUAUUGACGGCGUUCUCUGGGCGAUCAAAAGAGGAAAGAAUUUUGAUUCCCAGGCUCUCGGCCUCGAGGUUGGUGAGAUUGUGGAAAAUCGCACGCCGCAUUGGCGAUUUCUGUCGUGGGCUCCGCAGCGCGCGAUCCUUGACCAUCCGUCCACCGUGGUCUUCAUCUCGCAUUGCGGAUCGAGUUCAGUAUAUGAAAGCGUCUUUCAUGGUGUCCCUGUGGUGGGCAUGCCUAUCUUCAACGAUCAGUUCAAACACGACAAGUGUCUCCAUGCUGCAGGCGUCGGCCUGGGACUGGACAAACAUAGCUUCACUGAUCGUGAACUGUGCGAAAAAAUUAGCAUCCUGGUCAACGACGCGGACGGCGUCGUCCAAAGAAACUGUCUGCGGCUGAAACGGAUUGCGAGUAUCCAACGUAGGAAAAAAGCAUACGCUGCUGACCUCAUGGAAGAGGUGAUAUAUGACCAUGAGCUGAGGUAUAACUGGAAUGAGCACGACGAUGAGUGGAAGACGAGCGGACCAAAGGUGACGGAAAACGACACAAGAUGCCGGCGUGAGCUCAGGCCGGCGCAUCGUCAAACCGCCGACGCGAGGAUGUCAUUCUGGAAAGCUCAGAACUAUGAUUUGUUUCUCGUAUAUUCCCUUGUUCUCCUUGGCCCCAUAGCGGUUGCUCGGGUUGUGUGGAAGAUGUUAUCACGUACAAAAUAA